CCCUGUUAACGCCUGUUUGUCAGACCGCUUAGACGUUCGCGAUGGCAGCAGAAACUAAUAACCCUUCGUUGUCCGCCGAUUGGUACUCCUGCCCGGUGUGUGUGGAUGUCCUGAAGGAGCCGGUCACUCUCGUAUGCGGACACAGCUACUGUAUGGACUGCAUUAAUGACUACUGGGACCAGCCUGACACACAGGGAGGCUACCAGUGUCCUCAGUGCAGACGGGCAUUUAACGAGAGGCCGGAGCUGAACAAAAACACCGUAUUAGCAGAACUGAUCGAGAAACUGAAGAGUUCCGCUGGACCUGACGAUGUGCCCUGUGAUGUUUGUACGGGGAGAAAACUGAGAGCCGUGAAGAGCUGCCUGACCUGCAUGGCCUCCUACUGUGAGACUCACCUGCAGCCUCACCGGCGGUCUGAUGUGCUGAAAAGACACAAACUGGGAGAGCCGAAGAGAGCAAGCCUCGAAGAGAAACUCUGUGAGAAACAUCAGAAAGUUCUGGAAAUCUUCUGCAGGACCGACCAGACAUGUGUGUGCUUACUUUGUGUGGCGACUGAACAUAAGAAUCACGACACGGUGACACCUGAAGAAGAGCGAGCAGCGAGACAGAAUCACCUGGAAGAGACAAGGGUAAUUAUGAAAAAGAAAAUUAAAAAGAAUAAAAAGAAACUGAAAGAGAUGAAGGAGACCAUAGAGAAGAUUCAGAGCUCAGCAGAGAGAGAAGUGAAGGAACACGAGGAGAUCUUCAAGUCUGCACUUGAGUCCAUAGAGAGACUGAGGUCAGAGGUCACUGAGGUCAUUAGACGUCACGAGAGAACGAAAGUGAGAGAGGCUAAAAAGGUUAUGGAGCAACUGGAGAAAGAAAUCAAAGAGCUGAAGAGGAGAAACACUCAUCUGGAUAAGCUCUCACAAACAGAAAACCACAUCGACUUCCUAAAGAAAUUUUCAUCUCUCCAUUUCCCUCUUGAAGAUCAAGACACACCAGCUGUAAGUGCUAGUGAAGAUUUGCUUCCUGAGACACUGAGGAAGAGUUUGUCUGAUCUGAAGAAGAAGCUGGAGGAAAUCAGCAACUGGGAGAUUGUGAAGAUCAGUGAGGAUGGUGGGUUGUGUGUCCUCAGUUGACCAGGUAGAUGAAUCUGUGCUGCUCAUCACAAGUGUUUAAGGUUUUCAUUCUGCUCUUGUCUUUCUGUUGUAAGGUGUUGAUGAAUCACGUCACAUCAUGCAGAAUCUGAGAACCACAAAUGUCCUCUUAAAAUGUAAGACAGUUUCUAAUUAGGUUGAGUUUAGUCAAACAAUAUGGAGGGUUUUCGUAAGUUUUGUGCCAAGUGGAGUACAACAGUAAAACUUGUUUUGUGGAAGUUAUAUGCUCAAUUCAGACAAGUGGAGGAGUAAAUAUUCUGCUUGUGACUUUGACUAGAGUUCACCAGGUGGCUCUGUUACACAAUAGGCCUGUUAGGAAUUGCAAAGGGUUGGUUUAAAGCCAAUUUCCCAUUGUCAAGAGAGAAAGAUGCUGGGCAGAAAAGAGAUGGAUAUCACUGGAGGAAGGAGGGCAGUGGUCUCAGAAAAGAUCAACUGAGAAGGUUAUUUUUCACAGCAGGUUGUUUGGCCAGUAACAAGCAUUAAACCACAGUCCUCACCAGUGAGAUGGUGUGUGACCUGAAGUCAAUAAUUUCACAUGCUAAUGUUAAAAUUUUAUAAAUUUGAAAGAUUUCUAAAAGGUGUCUAACCUUCCUCUUGUGUUAGGGUCAGCACCGACCCGUUUUACUUUUUAAACGUAUAAAACUACUACCUAAUUUUGUUUAUUGCAUCAAGGCUUUUUGACUUUGUCAGGAAUCUGUAUUUAAUUAAAAUAAAACAAAAACAAAAAAAAUUGUACCAAAUUAUAAAAUGCUCUGGUGAAAAUUAUUACCUUUGUGUUGGUAGGGUCAGUUUUGACCCAGUUAUAAUUUAAGGUUAUAAAACAAUAGUUAGGGUCAAAACAAAAAUCAUAAACACACUUUGAGGGGCUUCUCUCUUUGCCUGUGUGUCUCCUUACCUGAACAAACAAAACAAACUAGAGAAAAAUCUGACAAGCUUGCUCCCAUCAGGGAUGUCUGGGAAAGGUGGGUGCAGCUCCUUCCACUGAUGUUCAACCCAGGGUCAGAGGUAACAGUAGAUGAACGUUUUGUCCCUUUCCAUGGAAAAUGCCCUUUCCGGCAGUACAUGCCUAGUAAGCCAGGGAAAUACGGAAAUUUGGGCAGCCUGAGAUGCAAAAACCAGCUAUGCAUGGAAUCUGCAGAUUUACACAGGCAAACAUGCAAGUGGCAUUCCUGAGAAAAGUCAAGGAAAACGUGUAGUCCUCAAUAUGACUACUGGACUGCGGGGUCACAAUAUCACAUGUGACAAUUUCUUUACCAGCUAUGACCUUGGACAAGUACUUCUCAGGUGGAAACUUACCAUGGUGGGCACAGUAAAAAAAAAUAAACCUGAGCUGCCUGCCGAAAUUUUGCAGGUGAAGGACAGGGCUCCACUUUCUUUAAAAUUUGCUUUUACAGACACCACCACGGUUGUUUCAUAUUGUCCAAAAAAACACCGGAGUGUGAUACUUAUGUCCACUUUUCACAAAGACGCAGCUGUGUCAUCAGCAAGCGACAAAAAGCCCAUAAUUAUCUUGGACUAUAAUAAAAACAAAGGUGGAGUGGACAACCUGGACAAGCUGACUGCCACCUACACUUGCCAGAGAAUGACCAGGAGAUGGCCAAUGGUUGUGUUUUAUAACAUUCUAGAUGUGUCUGCAUACAAUGCAUUUGUGUUGUGGACCCACAUUCACCUAGGGUGGAACUCAAUCAGAAAAAACAAGCGGAGAAUAUUUCUUGAGGAGUUAGGAAGUUCCCUUGUCAAGGCACACAUUGAGCGAAGGGAACGGGUGCCCCGGGACCCAGCCGCUGCAGCCUUGGUCAGACAGCUGCAGAGCUCACGUAGCACUCCUUCCACACCAUCAGCAACACAAAGAGCAUCAGUGCCAGAAUCCUCUUCGGCAUAGUGUUUAGUUCUUCAAUCUCUUUUAUCAAUGUCUUAUUCUUUAUCUUUUUUCUGUUUACCUGUCUGCCUUAAUCAUAUCCUAAUAAUAACAAUUAACAAGGAAUGAAGUACAUUUGGGGACAAACAACACAAAAUACUGAAAGGUUUGGCACCAGAAGUGUCACAACUGGGCAUAAUUGGGCCACAUUUUUAAUUUCAUGAUUUUGUAAAGUGCUCUUAAAUACAACACAUUUAAUGUGGUCUACUAAUUCAUGUUUUUGCAUUCUAUUAUAUGAACAUGAGUUAUUGUUACAAAUAACUGCCAUCAGGCAAAAGAUAUAGGAGCAUCAAAAUAAAGACUAAUAGACUGAAUAGCAGUUUGUACCCUGUUGCUAU